UGUACAUUAUUUCAUUCAUUCGCUACCGACAAGUUGUUGAGAGAUUGUCGAUACGAUUUCAGUGUUACAGAGACAAUAUUUACAAUUUUGUUGUAUACUAACUAGUGUCUGAACAAUUUAGUGUUGACGCGGUUGACGAGAGCAACAUUGUGCUACAAUUUGAGAUUAUAAGUAAAAGAAACCGCAGACUUAGCAGAAAAAACAUUUUUGUUGUUUAUUACAUCGUUGAUCGUUAGAUUUAAAAAAGCGGAAUGUGUGGAAUAUUGGCUGUUUUUUCGAAGUCAACGGGUGAGAUAAGAAUAUCGAAAAAGUACGGUAAACGUUUGAAAACAUUACGUGAAUUGGCGUACAGGCAAUCAAGUUGUCAACGUCAUCGUGGACCGGAUCAUACAGGUGUAACCGACUGGUCCGAUCAUGGGGUUGUGUUUGUGCAGGAACGACUGCGAAUAUUGGGCGUUGAGUUUGGCGAUCAGCCGUUUGUAUCGGAAAAUGGAAAUGUCCUUCUCGUUUGCAACGGAGAGAUUUACAAUUAUUUGGAACUGUCAGAAGUGUUAGCCAAAAGACGUGGUAAAUAUGUUCCGAGAAGCGAUUCAGAUAUUGUCUUGGGACUGUACGAAGAAUUUGGCACAGACAUACUGCAUAUGAUGACUGGAAUGUUCGGUUUUGCACUGUAUGACCGCACAACCCGACAGAUUUUCGUGGCACGCGAUCCCAUUGGCAUAAUUCCUCUUUAUCGCGGCUACGAUGAUGAAGGCAAUCUGUGGGUCUGCAGUGAAAUGAAAUGUUUAGUAGACGUGUGCGAUAAAGUGGAAGUUUUCCCUCCGGGGACGUCGUUGCAUGGUACAAUUGAUAAUUUGAAAGAGGAACGCUUCUACCAGCCAAAAUGGAUCACCGAAAUUCCCUCAACUCCAGCCGAUAUCACCAGUCUUCGUGAGCAUCUGGUGGCUGCCGUUCGAUCUCAUUUGCAGUGUGAUGUAAAGCUCGGUGCACUUUUAAGCGGUGGUGUUGACUCCAGCAUAAUUGCUUCAGUUGCAACGAAAAUAAUGAGAGAACGAGAUCCGAACUAUCGCCUGAAGACUUUCAGCGUUGGACUGGAAAAUGCACCUGACUUCAAGUACAGCCGAAUGGUGGCCGAUUACAUCAACAGCGAUCACGAGGAAAUUGUUUUCAAAGUGGAGGAUGGACUGGAUUGCAUUCGAGACAUUAUCUUCCAUUGUGAAACUUACGAUGUGACUACCGUACGUUGCAGCAUUCCCAUGGUUCUAAUGGCUAGAGCCAUCAAAUCUGGUGGCAUUAAAAUGAUAUUGUCCGGCGAGGGAGCGGAUGAAAUUUUCGGCGGCUAUUUGUACUUCUUCAAUGCACCGAAUCACUCAGAAUUCCAUUUCGAAUUGGUCAAACGAGUGCUGGCCUUGCAUUAUUCCGAUUGUCUACGAGCUAAUAAAGCGGCUAUGUCAUGGGGUAUAGAGUUGAGAGUCCCGUUUUUGGAUACCAACUUUGUCAAUCACGCUAUGGACAUUGCUCCUCAAGAUAAAAUUCCAAUUGCCAAACGACCGCUAAAUGGAUGCACUCCACGAAUCGAAAAGCAAAUUUUGCGAGCAGCAUUCAGCGACAACUUUUUGCCGGAUGAAGUGAUUUGGCGACAGAAGGAACAGUUCUCCGAUGGUGUCGGCUAUAACUGGAUCGACACAAUUCGACAGUUUGCUUCUGACCGUGUUAGUGAUGCCGACUUUGCUAAUGCUGCCGUUACAUACCCGAUUAACACUCCAUCCACAAAGGAAGCGUACUACUAUCGGUCAAUAUUCGAAGAAAUAUUCCCGGGUGAUGGUUAUGCUAGGACGGUAAUGCGUUGGAUACCACGUGCAGAUUGGGGAUGUCCAGAAGAUCCGAGUGGUCGAGCACAAAAAGUGCACAGUUCAACCACACAAGAGGAAUAAAAAAAAAUAUUUUGUCGCGGUUCACAUAAUCAGAUCACUUAAUUAAGUAAAUUUAAAGGUAAACUGUUCGUUGUCGUAUUGCAGGUGUAACGAAUUCUCUCAGAAUUUAUUUAUAAAGUCCCGUUUUAGUGUGAUAUUAGUAGAGCACAAAAAUGUAUUGUUGUCCGCGGUCCGCCCAAUUUACAUGACAAGGUUUCUGUUUUGUUCCAUUGAAUCAAUGUUAACUCAAGAUCUACGAAAAUAGAAAUUAGGACGGACACGUUUUACAUUUCUAUUUUUAAGUAAGUUCUAGCCCUAAAUUAAAUGAAAAACAAUAAAAACUCGUUCAA